AUGUCACACUCAAGGAAAAACUCAACUUCAAGUGUCAUAAACCGUUCUCCAAAUGGAACUGAUUCGCUAUCAUUAUCCUUUCUUCACAAGAAGAGACAUUCAGAUUCUUCAAUUGAUAACAAGACACCUUCACCAACAGAUUCUAUCACAUCAAUACCAAAACUAAUUAGAAAGAAAUCAGGUGAAUUAGUUAAAUCAAAUCUAAAAUUAAACUGUUUACAAAAUGCAGGUUUAUCAAAAUCUAUGCCCACUACACCAAUUUUCAAUAAAAGUGUUCAUUUUGGUCAAGAUGUUGAUGUACGAUAUUUUAAUGAAUUGGAUAAACCAACAGCGGUUAGUGCUAGUGGGUCACCUAUAUUGAAAGGGAGAGGAAGACGACGUGGUAGUGGUGCUACUAACCGUGCAAAGCCUGGGAAGUUUAAAUUUGGGUUUGGAUUUGAUGAUUAUGAUAGUGUUGAUGAUAGUGAUAGUGAUUCAGAUGAUGAUGAGUUUGAUUUUGAUGGGAAAUAUGAGAUCACUUGGGAUUUAGAAACUGUUAAUUUUGGAAAGAUUAAAUAUAACGAAAAGAUAUCAAGUUUGAAGAGUUUAAUUUUUCUAGAGAGAAUUUCAAUUGAUGAAGAUUUAUAUUGUAUAUUGGGUUCAAUUGCUGUUAAAAAUUUAUCAUUUGAAAAAAAAAUUCAUGUUAGAUAUACUUUUGAUAAUUGGAAAACCGUGGUGGAGAUUGAAAGUUUUUAUAUUGAAGAUGCUCCAAAGAUAUUGAAAAGAUCAAAUUAUGAUCGAUUUAAAUUCAAGAUUAAUUUGAUGAAUUUCCAAUUUUCUCAACAAGAUGAAAUCAAAUUGAAUUUUUGUAUUAGAUAUAGAUAUAAAUUGGAUAAUAACAAAGUUGGAGGAGGUGUUGAACAUGAAGUUUGGGAUAAUAAUGAUUAUAAAAACUAUGAAAUUUUAAUCAAAAGAACUAAAACAAGAAGAUUUAAUAAAUCAAGUCAUAAAUUUAUAUUGAAUGAUUAUUUCACAGGUCAAUUAAGUUCAGGAAAAUCAAUUGAAGAUCAUCAUGAUAUGAUUGAUUCAUAUUUCAAUAAUUAUGAAGCUGUGUUGAAAUCUCCUGAAACUCCAAAAAUCUUAAAAAAUGAGAUCAAUGAGGAAGAAAUGAGUCCUAAUUUUGAACUGAAAAAAACUAAUGAGAAUAAUAAUGAAACUAAUGAAUUAAAUAAUGAAAUAACAACACCAAUGGAUGAAUUGAGUCUUCACAAGAACUAUACAACAUCAACUAAUAAUAAUAACAACCAAGAAUCAGAUAUUUUACCAAAACAUAAUAAUACCCACAAUUUCAAACUAAACAAACAGAAAAAACCACCAAUCAACUCUAAAUCUUAUCAAGAAUUAUUAGAUUCUUAUUGUUUUUUCAAAGGUGAUGAUCAUGAUCAAACUUCAACAAAUCAUCAUGCAUCAAAUUCUUCAAUUUCAGGUCCAACUGGAGGUCCACCAAAGACAAUAGCUAGUUUUUUGGAUUUGACUAUUAAUAAAAAUUGA